CUUGUAUUCAUCCAGUGCCUGUGUGUGGCAGAUGGGGUUGCAGGGGGGGGGACUCUUCCCUUCCGUUGUGCUCGUUUUGUCGCACUGCGGUGGUUUAGGAGGCAUUCUCUUUCCCUGUUCUUAUUGUCGUAGUGUUGCUGCUGCUUCCUCUCUCCACCCGCUGUAACUACCAUCACCACUACCACCACCUCCUCCUCUCCGCGUCCUUAUUGUUCUGCUUCUCAAUCUAUACUUUCUUUUCUCUUUCCUUAUACCCUAACUAUGCAGCAGCAGCAGCAUCACCACCCGCCCAGCGACGACGAUGGAGCAGGCUCCGAUGACGAUCAGGCUAUUCCUUCUCUGCAACCCCUCCUUUCUUUAGCAGCUACCGAUCCCCUUCAUCACGCUCAUGUUCUUACUCGAGAGCAACUCGUGCACCGUCGUGCUCGCCGCCUCCGCCAUCUGCUUCGCAUGUACCGUCAUCAGUACUGGGGUCUCCUUGAGGAAUUGCGCUCCAAGUAUCGCCGCUUCUACCUCCGUACUGGUAAAUCCGGUUGGCGUGGCCGUGAGGUCGAUGGGGACCCCAAUCCUACUCCUGCUCCAGGUGAGAUGAAACAGCCCAAUGCGCCUGAGACCCCCGGAACCGAAAUCUCUAGGUGUGGGGCGCAAGGUUGCGACGCCAAGCCCCUGCUCUUGAGUAGAUAUUGCUACACGCAUAUUCUACAGGAGCCUCGUCAACGCUUGUACAAGCCGUGCUCCUUCACUGUCCGCAGGGGUAGCGAAAAGAAUGGCAGCGGGAUUUUGUGCCAGAAACCCGUACUUCAAGCGGUGUCACCCCCGUUAUGUCCUACCCAUUUCCAACAAACUCAGAAGCAGGCAGCGCGCUCUUUACGCAAGGCUGGCAUUAUGCUUCCUCUCGGGUAUUUCCCGAAGUCAGCUCCAAAGCUGCAUCAUUUUGUGGCUGAAUAUGUGCGCGUCAUUCAAUCGAAAAGGCGCACAGCUCUUCGAAAUACUCAUGGGCGUGGUGAAACGUCCGCAACUAAUGGGGAGACAACUUAUGGCGUGUCUGGAAUCUCCAAUCAAGCUGGCGCAUUGAUCCUUUCGAGAAACACCAUCCACAAAAGAGAGGCUGAGGAGCACCCUGCUGAAAGAAACGGUCAAAGGACUGAUGAAGCUAGCGGCAAGCCAAUUUUGGUUUGAAUGUGUAGUCGCGCUUUUGUUUUGUACAUAUCCAGAUUUUUGUAUUUAAACUUUGUUAAAACCAAGCUCAAAUUAUUUUAUGCUUCUAAAUGUGCAUCUUCGAAUCCAA